AUCGCGGCCGGAGCCGCCAUUGUUCCGCCGAGGGAGGACAGCUGGGGCCCGGCACUGGCGCGGAGACGCCGCUUAGCGGCCGCCACUGGAGACACUCCCUCCCGCCGUCCCCCUCCUCUGGCGGCGGCGGAGUGAGGCUCUGACGAGGGGGGAACCAGGGGAGCGCCCCCCCGUCCUCCUGGCAGCGGCAGAGGCCGAUACCCGGCUCCGGCGCGAGGGGCGGCCGCAAUGCGCUCGGCCUGAGGCGGUCCGGCCCCGGCGCGUCCUCGCUUCCCUCGACUGUUCCACGGCGUCUCAGCGGCCCGGCGUCAUCCUGUGAGUCCCCCCGGUCCCCCUGACGGGGAGGGAAGAUGGCUACACGGAGCUGGCUGGACGAGCUGGCCCAGCAGGCCGAGGACGGCUCGGCCCGGCUGCAGGAAAUGCUCUCGGUCGGCCUGGGUUUUCUGCGCACCGAACUGGGCCUCGACCUGGGGCUGGAGCCGAAGCGGUACCCGGGCUGGGUGAUCCUGGUGGGCACGGGAGCGCUGGGGCUGCUGCUGCUCUUCCUGCUCGGAUACGGCUGGGCCGCGGCUUGCGCCGGCGCCCGCAAGAAGCGGAGGAGCCCGCCCCGCAAGAGGGAGGAGGCGGCGGCCGCCGCGCCGGCCCCGGCCGCUGACGACCAAGGCGUGCUGAAGAAUCUCAGGAGCGAGGAGCAAAAGAAGAAGAACCGGAAGAAAUUGCCGGAGAAGCCCAAAAUGAUAAGCCAUGCUGUCAGAUGGCAAACAGUGACUGGCAUAUUAGAGCCUUUGCCAAAUGGACGGACCAUUGAAGUGGCUGAGGAAGAAGUUGUCCGAACUCCUCGAAGUGUAACAGCAAAGCAGCCAAUAGAGACAGACAAGAAAAAUGAAAAGUCAAAGAAAAAUAAGAAGAAAUCAAAGUCAGAUGCUAAAGCAGUGCAAAACAGUUCACGCCAUGAUGGAAAGGAAGUUGAUGAAGGAGCCUGGGAAACUAAGAUUAGCCACAGAGAGAAGCGGCAGCAGCGUAAGCGUGAUAAGGUGCAGUCUGACUCUGGCUCAUUGGAUUCAACUGUCCCUGGGAUAGAGAGUGCCACCACAGUCACCACCGAGCAACUUACAGCUGCAUCAUUUCCUGUUGGUUCCAAGAAGAAUAAAGGUGAUUCUCAUCUAAAUGUUCAAGUUAGCAACUUUAAGUCUGGAAAAGGAGAUUCUACACUUCAGGUUUCUCCAGGAUUGAAUGAAAACCUCACUGUAAAUGGAGGAGGCUGGAAUGAAAAGUCUAUGAAACUCUCCUCACAGAUCAGUGCAGGUGAGGAGAAGUGGAACUCUGUUUCACCUGCUUCUGCAGGCAAGAGGAAAACCGAGCCAUCUGCUUGGGGUCAAGACACUGGAGAUGCUAAUGCAAAUGGAAAAGACUGGGGAAGGAGUUGGAAUGACCGAUCAAUAUUUUCUGGCAUUGCUGCUUGGUCUAGUGUGGAUAGGGGAAUGAAUACCUCUGAACAGAAUUCUGCUUCUUUUGCAUCUCUCACACUUAACUCUGCUGUUUCUGGGUCUACUGCUGAGCCAGUUUCUCAGUCUACCACUUCUGAUUAUCAGUGGGAUGUUAGCCGUAAUCAACCCUAUAUCGAUGAUGAAUGGUCUGGGUUAAAUGGUCUGUCUUCUGCUGAUCCCAGUUCUGAUUGGAAUGCACCAGCAGAAGAGUGGGGGAACUGGGUAGAUGAAGAAAGAGCCUCACUUCUGAAGUCCCAGGAACCAAUUCCUGAUGAUCAAAAAGUUUCAGAUGAUGAUAAAGAAAAGGGAGAGGGAGCUCUUCCAACCGGAAAAUCUAAAAAGAAAAAAAAGAAAAAGAAGAAGCAAGGUGAAGAUAAUGCUCUUGCACAGGACACAGAGGAAUUAGAAACAGACGUUAGAGAAGAGCUCCCAGUGAAUGCCUCUAAAGUCCGUCCAAAGCAGGACAAAGCUUUUUCUCUGAAGACCAUGAGCACUAGUGAUCCAGCUGAUGCACUAAUCAAAAAUAGCCAGCCUAUCAAGACUCUUCCACCUGCUAUUUCUACCGAGCCAUCUGUUAUUUUAUCAAAAAAUGAUUCUGACAAAAGCUCUUCCCAAGUGCCACCGAUGCUACAAGAAACAGAUAAAUCCAAGUCAAAUGCUAAGCAAAACAGCGUGCCUCCUUCACAGACCAAGUCUGAAACUAGUUGGGAAUCUCCCAAACAAAUAAAAAAGAAGAAAAAAGCCAGACGGGAAACGUGAAUUUUUUUCUUCCUGAAUUGGACAUGUGUUUGCAAACACUGUCUUGAAGAUUAUGCUGUUUAUGCAAUAAUUUGUGAACAUGUACAGAGUUUUAUAUAAAUUUAAACCAGUUUUUAAAACAAAACUGUGAACACAACCACCGUAAAAAUGGAAUCAAAGGAAAGUUAAUUUAUGAAAUUAAGAGGUCAGCAGAACAUACUACAGUGCUGGAAGACACUUGGGGAAGGUCAAUCUAACAAGAACGAUCUUAAGAUUCUCAUCCUGGUUUUACAGCAGUGCCCUGUUUACAACAGAUUGUGCCCUAUCUCAUCUGCAGCUAAAGAAUAAAGGAUUCUGAUUAGAGAGAAGGCUGCCUACAAAUUAGUAGGCAGCUUCUUGGAUCUUAUGCACGGAACUUAAACCAUUUGAAUCUGUUUUAUGCUUAAAUCAAAGUGCUUUGAUCAAAUGCAUAAUCUGCCAUAUCUUUACAUAUUUGUUGGUAGCAAUUUGUAUUAAAGAAAUCACAAGUGCAAAUAAAAAGUCAUUUAUUAUUUAACUAAACUGUCAUGGUUUAGUUUACAAUUUUUAAAAUGUUCUUAAAACAUUCAAAAUGCUGUUGACACUUGUAUGGCUUAUGAAGUUAUUUUUGAUAGUCUUACUUUACUUGAACUGUUCAAACUACAGUAUAUUUUAAGUUAAGAAAGGUAAACUCUAUGUAUUUGUUUUAUACUUUUAAGGUUGAGACUCAAAAAUAAUGCUCUUGUGUAUGAUUUGAAAACUUUCAGGCAAAAUCCAACUUAUAUUUUUUUCCUUUCCCUAGCAAUUACUUUUUUCCAGCAUCAAUUCUUCUUCGUUACUAAUGCUUUUUUGACUUUACAAGUGAAAUCUUUCACAAACUAGUUAUACAGACAGAACUUUGAGUACAUGAUGGAGAAUGAAAAACUAGAGUCAGACAGCUUUAAUUGACAUUGUCAAGACCUCCAGUUAUCAGGAAUACAUUUUUUUACUGCCUUAACCUGUAGUGCGUAGAAUAUGCAUCAAUUUCUUGAAGGGGAUUCGUGUUUUUAUAAGAAUUUUCAUGUAAUUAUUGCAAUCGUGAUCAAAUAAGGAACGUUUCCUGCUUGAAACUGUAUUGAUUUAAAUGACGUGUGAGACGUUUCACCAUUUUCAGGCACUGUGUAAUUCUAUUGUAAUAAACUGGCAGGUAUCUUUGUAACUAUAAAUAGUGCAUGCUCAGCCAUGUACACUGUAAAUAGCCUUUACCAAACGUGUUUGACAAGGACCAUAAUUAACAUCACUUAGUGAAUUGUGAUAAAGAAAAAAAGCCAUGACUUAUUUGAUGUGAUUGGCUUAAUUGUUUUUCUGUGGCGCCAAGAAUGAAACUGUUUAACAGCUGUAACCAAUGGUACUGAUCUAUCCAUCCAAUUUUGUCUCUUCUAUUUGAUUGUGGUUUGAUAGUAUUGCAUUGUUACACCGGAAAGCUAAAGAAACAAAAUGGUUUUAGUUUUGCUGAAGACUGGCCUUAUUAAUGGACAGCUUUCCUAACAAGCGAUUAUUAACUUUUAUCAGGUGUUAACAUCUGUUUCAGGAACACGGCAAUAUGUUUACAUGUCAGAAGUUUUGUUUAAUUCUAUGAUAUUUCUAAAUUGAUUUGUUUAAAUAAAUUCAGCAAAUGGAUAGCAUUGUUUUUAUUUGCUUCAGUAUCGGGGUAAAUAAGCUAAAGUGCCAGGAGUGAAUUUCUUGAAAUGACUGUAUUAGCUUUGUAUAGCUGCUUCCUAAAGAGAUCCAAGGAUUCAAUUCCUGCGUUGCAGCACUUUGUAAAGGUAUCAGCAAAGGAUAAUUGAAUAGGAAGUCUGUGUAAUUUUAGAAUGUGCCAAAAGAUCUAUGCUCAAAAAAUUUAAUUGAACUCUCUCAACUCUACCUCACCAUUUCUUUAUCUUAGAAUUAUGUUGGCUAUGUCGAAUGUCGAACGUUAUAUUUCUCCAGCUUAGUAUCUCUCAUUGAACCACCGAUGCUGGGUGUUACAAACACCUUCUUUUAGGGGAGAUGGGUGCAGAGACAGAGAAGUGCCCUUCUAAAUUUGGGUGGAUCCGAGAUGGAAAUACCCAUCCCUUCUCUCUGGCUCAAGAACUAGGGCAUGGCUUUUAUAUUUCAAGAGAUGGCAGCUAUGAGUGUUAAAAUUACUAUCAGUUCAUUCUCUUACACAUGCAUGAGGUGCAGACUGUUGCACAGUUAAAAUAUCAUUCAUUGUUCAUCGCUCUUCACUUGUUCCAUAAAUGUUUAUGACAUGAAAGCAGUUUCUGGCAUCUGAACCAGAGGAAUUGUUUUCCAGCAUCAACUCAAAAGACUAAAAUCCAGGGAGGGGGGAAGAGAGGAGAAUUGUCCUUUGGAGGCUUGGAUUAGACGCUCCCCCAGCCACUAGUAGGGAGAUAAAUGACCCCAUUAAAACUUAUCAGGCCUGAAGGGGAUCCUUGUUCUGAUUAACAAACAAAGCCUCCUAAAUAAAACUUGCCUUCAUCCUGACCUUUCUCCGCAGACUUAGUGAAAACCCUUCCCGUCCUGGAGCAGGGAGUAAUGGGUUAGGGCUUCCCCAGACUGGAAUCCUACCUCUCUGUACCCUACAUUGAGCAAAACAAAAGUUGAGAGAGUCCAAAAAACAAGUAUUGAAAUAAAAUGUCAUUAAUGUAAUUGACCGUGUUUCCUUUGUGCAUGCAUUUUAUUGGAUGGGGAGUGGGAAUAAGUCAUCUGAAUCUAAUGGUAUUAUUUCAUAGACUAAUCCAGUUUGUACUUGGGUUAAAGAUACUGAAGGGCAAUAUUUAACUACAGAGUUUAGUUUUUCUUAAAAACAAUCCUCUAUUAAUAUAGUGUGAAAUGUCUUUCAAAUUUUAGAAUUUAGGCUUAAGAUGUCUAAUAGAUGUCUUAAGACUUUCCUAUAAACUCAUUGCACAAACUGGAAUUACCUUCCAACAGACUUAGGGAAUGCAAAUAUGUUAUUUGUAAAAUGCAUUGAGUAUUGUAAAUAAAACAAGCCAUUUUUGUUUUGUUUAAA